CUCCUGUCAAAACCCGAGCCAUAUUUUUCUGGAAUAAUCGCUGUGGAUAUGUUUAUUACUACCUUAAUGGCUACUGCAAUAAUCACCUUAUUCUAUGCGUCAUGUACCUUGUUGCAGGUUAUCUCACAACAAAUCAAAGAAAUAGUUAAAGGUUCAUUUAUUAUUCAACCUACUAAUAGUAAAAAUCAUGGACCAAAUGAAGUACCAGAUUUUAAUAUCCUACCCGAAAAGAAACAACAAAUAAUUAUAGAAUACAAAGGUCAUAAAUUCAACGUUGUGUACAAACUGCAAGAAACAGACAAAAACAACAAUAAUAAUUCUUUGCCUCCACAACCAUACUACAAAGUCCCUGAUCCAAUGUCUUCUAUUUAUUUAUUAAUCAUUAAUGACUCAAGUCCAAAUACCAGUCUUGAUGUUAAUGCGAUUACUGAAUUCAUUAAUGAGGUUAUGUGUUCUUAUUUUAAAGCAAAAGAGAAAUAUUAUAGACGUUCUCGAUAUAAACAUAAUGAUGGACAUUGGAACAGAGUUCAAUAUUUAUCAGACUUAAAUAGUUUGGAAACAGUUGAACCACAAGAAAUUUUGCUGAAAAAAGAAUUAGACUCUUUUAUUAAUGACAAAGAUUUUUAUAAAAGAAUUGGUGUCCUCUAUCGCCACCUCUAUUAUUUUAAUCUCAAAGAAAUUAAAAAUGAUAACUAUAUGAGCGCUGUGUUCAGUUCUGUUCCAUCAAACCAAAUAAUUGUUCUUGAAGAUGUUGAUACACAAUCAAAUAUACUUUAUAAAAGGGAUAGAAUCCCAAAUUAUUUUAACUUUAUUUCUGAAGAUGUUCUAAAAAAAAAAGAAGAUUUGUCAAAAUAUAAAGAAUUAUUUUCAUUUAUUAGUUUAUCGAAUUUUCUCGGAUGCUUGGAUAGACAAAUAUUAUCAGAGGGAACUAUUAUAAUUAUGACAACUAAUCACAUUGAACAUCUUGAUCCUGCAUGGUUAGCAUCUGUUUCUGAUGGAUACGCAAGAAUAUAUAAUGAAUUUAUUACAACGCAGAAAAUUAAUUUUAGGUAUGCCAAUAUCAAUGAAAGCUUUCUGUUUGAUAAAAAUACUGCUUCUAAGAUGAUAGAUACUUUAACUAGUAUUAUUGGUGGAUUUUAUGUAUUUUUGGAUAAAGCAAAAGAGCCUCCAAAGUCUGGAUUUGACUUUAGACCAAUGAAUUUGAUAGCAGAAUUAGAACCUUUUCGAAAUAAGACUUAUAUAACUUUAUAUGGGUUUACUAGCGAUGUCCAACAUCUAUUUUAUGAUUUAAAAGAUGCGCAUACAAUGUUUAGUUCAGAUUGUUUCACAACAUUUAUUUUUUAUACGGGCAUGACAUUUUACUCCGUUAUUAAUAAUGGAGAGCAUAAAAUUAAAGUUUUAAAUGACACUAUUGACCAAUCUAAUGUUAAUUGCAAAGUAACUCUUAUUGAUGGUCAACAAGCAUUCAAAGUGAUUUCUGAAUAUGCCAACAAUUCAAUUUAUCACUCAAGAGAUCCUGGUAUACGAUUUAAUAUAGCACUUGAUCCUAACUCUGAAAGUUUUGCUGCACAAGUUAAAAUACCAGAUAAACUAGAUAUUACUUACACACUUAAAUGCAAUAAUACUAAUGAAUUUAAUGUUAAAAGAAAAUGGAAUGCUAUUACUAGCCGUAUACUUUUAAAUAAGUUUAAUGAUUCAAAAACUUAUUUUGAUAAUAUUUGCAAUCCUAUAGAAGGAAAAAAUCAACCUGUAUCUUCUAAACUUCAAGAAGGUACAAAAUUAUUUGAUAGCUUAGUAGAACAAGAUCAAAGUGUAACUAUAAUAAGAAUUGUCGAUGAAUCUGUUGGCUUUUUUAAAAUACAAGAUUUUGGUGUCGUUAAAAUAAUAUCUGAAGAAAUAAGUAAUACCAUGCUUAUGAAUAUAAUUCAAGGUUUUAAAGAACUAGCAAAUACAAGUGUUGUUCUUGACUUAUCUGACAAUGGUGGUGGAUAUUUAUCUGUCGUCUUAUUUUUCAGUAUAUUUUUAUUCCCUAAUAAUUAUCCUACUUUUGACUCUGAUAUGCGAAUUUCUAAACAAAUGAGACUUGUAAUUACUGAACAAUUUAAACUUAAAACCUUAAAUAAUAUCUUCGAUGUAAGCGGCACCAUUAAUUCAAAAACUCAUGCUAAUUUUACAAAUGCUGACGACCUCUUUGGCAAUAAUGUUUACACACGUGGUGGUGUUAUGAAGAAUUAUUCCAAUAAAUAUAUUGCAAGUGACUCUGAUUUGAAUGUGAUUAGACAAUAUAUUCAAAAUUUAACUACAUCUCUUCCUUGGAAACCUGAAGAUUACAUUAUUUUAACUAAUGGUGUAUGUGGUUCUUCAUAUGCUCUUAUUGCUAAGCAUGUAGCUGAAUUUAAUAAUGUAACAACUGUUGCCGUUAGUGGGAUUGUAUCCAAUCUUUUAUUGUCUUAUUCUUCAUUUACUGGUGGUCAAACAGGAUUAAAGCUUUGCAGCAGAGAAUGA